UUGAUGCUACGCCUUUUUAUUGUGUCAUUCAUCCUCCUGUCGUGGCUCUUUUUUUUCUUCUUGCCUUGUCUGUUGUGUUUCCAGAUCCAGCUAGGUAUCGAAUCGAGCUAGCGUCCUGAAGCAUUCCUACGAUCUUCCCAGUCCGCACUCGCAUGGCCGUGAGCCGUCUGCUCGCAGAUUAAACCGAGCGCGCUCUCCGCUUCAGAACGCCGUUCCCUCUUUGAAUGCCGCUCCGCCUCCGCCUCUGCAAAUGGCUUGCUGUCUGAAGGACGAGCUCCUCUGUUCCAUCUGCCUCAGCAUCUACCAGGACCCCGUCAGCUUCGGCUGCGAGCACUACUUCUGCCGGAAGUGCAUCACCGAGCACUGGAGCAGGCAGGAGCCGCACGGGUCGCGCGACUGCCCCGAGUGCCGGAGGACCUUCGCCGACCCGCUCCUGUCGCCGAGCCUCAAGCUGUCCAACAUCGUCGAGCGGUACUCGGCGUUCCCGCUCGACGCCAUCCUGAACGCGCAGAGGAGCUCCUACCCCUGCAAGGACCACGAGAAGGUCAAGCUCUUCUGCCUGACCGACAAAAGCCUGGUGUGCUUCUUCUGUGACGAGCCGGCGCUGCACGAGCAGCACCAGGUGACCACCAUCGACGAGGCGUUCGAGGAGAUCCAGAGAGAGAUGAAGGAGCAGCUGGCUUCGCUGCAGGAGAGCGAGAAGGGACACACCGAGGCCCUGCAUCUCCUGCAGAGACAACUCACUGAGACCAAGUCCUCAGCCAAGAGUCUGCGUGCGACCAUCGGGGAUGCCUUCGAGCGGCUUCACCGCUUCCUCCGAGAGCGCCAGAAGAGCAUGCUGGAGGAGCUGGAGAUGGACACGGCCCGCAAGCUGUCCGACAUCGAGCACAAGAUCCAGUGCUACAGCCAGCAGCUUCGCGACGUCAAGGAGGGCAUCCAGAUCCUGCAGGAGCGCCUCAACGAGACGGGCCGCCACGACUUCCUGGAGGGCGUGGCCGUCACAUCCGAGAGGGUUAAAGGGAAGAUACACGAGACCAAUCUGACGUACGAGGACUUCCCGACCUCCAAGUACAUGGGGCCCUUACAGUACACAAUAUGGAAAUCCCUCUUCCAGGACAUUUCACCAGUGCCAGCAGCCUUGACCCUUGACCCCAUCACGGCCCACCAAAGACUGAUCCUCUCAGACGACUGCACCAUCGUGGCCUACGGGAAUCUCCACCCGCAGCCCCUGCAGGACUCCGCCCGGCGCUUCGACGUGGAGGUGUCCGUCCUGGGGGCCGAGGGCUUCGUGUCGGGCGUCCACUACUGGGAGGUGAUGGUGUCGGAGAAGACGCAGUGGAUGAUCGGCGUGGCCAACGAGACGGUGAGCCGCAAGGGCAGCAUCCAGAUCCAGCCGAGCCGCGGCUUCUACUGCAUCGUCAUGCACGACGGCAACCAGUACAGCGCCUGCACCGAGCCCUGGACGCGCCUCAACGUCAAGAACAAGCUGGAGAAGGUGGGCGUGUUCCUGGACUACCCGAAAGGCCUGCUCAUCUUCUACAACGCGGACGACAUGUCCUGGCUCUACACGUACCGGGAGAAAUUCACCUCCAAGGUCUUCCCGUAUUUCAGCCCCGGCCAGAGCCACGCCAACGGCAAGAACGUGCAGCCGCUGCGGAUCAACACGGUGCGGCUUUAGGAGCGACUGCGCCGCGGUCGCAGCUGACCAAAACGGAUGAAUAAAUGAUGGGAAGAUGUUUAAUGAUGAUUAAUGGGGUGUUUAAAUUGUUACGUUCUGUCAGGAAUCUUGCUCAAUGUUGCUCUCUAAAACGUUGAUUUAUUUUAUUUGUUUUUUUUAAGGACCUUAAAGUCAUUGUUUGCACUUGGACCUCAUUUAGCAUCUUUUUUAUUUUAGGAACAAAGAUGACUAGAAGCAGAGAGACCGGGGUUUGUCAUGGGGUUUGACAGAUAAAUACUGAGAUAAAGAACAUUCCUCUUAGGGUAAAUGUCUGAGUCGCACCUCGCACACUGCCAGGCGGUUCACCCACUAUAAACUGCUGGCUGUCAGGCUCCAUGUCGCCUGUUUGUUUCCAAAUAAGUGCGCAGUGAACGACGGUCGCUUGUCUUCUCAGUUGUACCGCUGGCUUAGCUUCCUGUGCGGGAUGUGAUUGACAGCACCCCCUGUUUUUCCUCUUUUAUCCACAGUGAUUCACUCAUAUCAAGUGUAUUGGUAUCUUGGGGUUGUUGCUGUAUCUUUAUUAUUAUUAUUAUUAUUUUUAUAUAAGUUAAUACGUUGAUUUUUCUGGCUUCAAAAAGCCUUAAAUCAGAAAGCAUCAAUAUUUGUUGUGGACCAUUAAGUUUCUUCCUCUGGUCACUUUCUGUACAGUCUGUCAUUGUGAAGAUAAACCUGUGUGUGUGUGUGUUCAGUCUAUUUAAUUUCUAAAGUCUUCAGUGAGUGAAAGAGCACUACCUGCAGUUCCCUGCAAACGUAUUUACACUUCUGGUUGGAAUGGGGCAAAAAAAUGUGGAAAAACUCAAGACGUCGAGUGUGGUUUUUAUUUAGAUUUUGUUUUUGACACAUCAGCGGGCAGUAAGUGGUGACCAUGAAUACGUGGUUGCUAAAGUUGUAGAAAUUAAAAUCUGAAAAGUGUGGCUUGCAUUUUUAGUCGGGGCCCCUCUGAGUCAACCUACUUGCUAACCCUUCUUUGCUAAAUCAGUCUAGUCCAGUCAGAUUAGAUGGAGACCUUCUAUGAUUCUCCAUUGGUUAGGUCUGAACUUUGACUAGGCCGUUCCAACACAGGUAUUCUACUGUUGCUUGGGCUGCAUGUUUGGAGUCUUUGUAGAGCUGGAAAAUGAACCCUGGUCUAAGAUCUUGCAGUCUCUAGUAGGGCUUUGUGGUAUUUCCAGUGAAGGCUGGUCAAUAUUGGUCAAAAAGGUUGUUUGCUUCUCCGGUAGAGAACUGAGAACCAAAACGAUGGCUUUCUUCUCGCCGCUCUGCUUUAUAGGCCACGUUUGUGAAGCACAAGGCUAAUAGUCGUCCUGUUCACAGGUUCUUCCACCUGAGCCGUGCGUCUCUGCAGCCCAUCCAGAGUUACCAUGGGCCUCUCAGCUGCCUCUGAUUGUUGCUCUUUUUACCGUAGGUUUGAGUCUCUUUUGAAGGCAGUUUUAUUGUAGAUGUCAGAGUAAAGAGGGCUAAAUGCAAAUCCAUGCCACUCUUGUCAGAUUUCUAUGUUUAAAAACUUCUAUUAUUCUCAACAGUUUCUCUUGUUUUCACCAAAUAUCCCAAGAAAACACAGCUGUAACUUGAAAGGUGGAGUGGUUCAGGGGUGUGAAUACUUUUGUGAGGCACUGUGCUUGGCAGGUGUUAUUAAAGGGACAGGACAUUGCGUAGGAAUAUGCUGCUAUUGGUGGAGCAAGGACCUUCCAGUUUGUAUAUAAGGUAGAAAUGGUGAAAAAGGAACGAGUCUCCAGUGGAGUCGGAUGGUAUUUAGGUUCCUGUCUCUUUCCUAACACCCCCUCCAGCAAUGGAGUUAGUGUUUCGUUCCUCAUUAUGUCUUAAUAUUAAAUGAAUAUUAAAUUAAGUAAAUAUUGAAUCUUGUUGUCUUGAGAUGUGGAGAGCCAGUUUAAGCUCGGCUCGUUUAUUAGAUGAAAUAUGAGCUGAGAGUUUUUAGAGAGAAGGCGUCGGGUUGGUGUGCUGGUGUUUGCAUGAUGACAAAUAAAUAAAAAUAUCGCAGAUGAUUCCCCCGAGGCUCGGCUGUGUCCGUCUCUGUCCGCCGUGCCUCAAGUGCUCGUUUCAUCAUUAGUCACACAGACGUCCUGCUGCAAGAGUCAGCAGAGGCAGACUACUGAGGAGAGGGUUUGUUUUUAUGUCUUUUUGUGGUCGGGAGGAGCUGGGAUCAGUUUGUGCCGCCUGGUUUCGGCCGGGAUCUCCGUUCCAGCUUCGUUUGUGUCGAAUGAGGCCCAAAAGUGUUAAUUGCACAGCAGUCUUAGGAGGUUUAAUGAUGACACAGAAGCAGCCGCCUUCCUUUUUCCACUACAUUUUCUGCAUUUUUGUGAGCGUGCGUCGUCUUUGUCGGUUCCUAAAGUGAAAAUCGGGGCAGUGCCCUCGCUUUGAUAGAUGAUUCUGGUAUGUGCCGUAGGAAAGCGAACCAAAGUGCGUGUCGGCGGCUGUUUGGACUUGCACAGAUCUGCAGGAGCCUGUGACGAUUCAGGAGUUGUGAGUCACGGUGCAGAGCAAGACCUGGACCUGCUCACCGUCCAUCAAAGCCUGCUUUUUGGAUUUAUUUUGUAGGUUUUCAGGAUAAAGAUCCACACAUUGAGGAUAGUUUUCACUACAAUUUAUUUUCUUUUCUCUGAUCUGUUGGUCUAAAAAAAUUUUUUCCUUCAGUGUAAAUCUCGACACGCAGGUUUUAAAGAGUUUCACUGCGGUUUGCUGUGGGAAUAUUACGAGUAUUAUGAGGCGAUGAUGGGUCACUGGUUGAAUCUAUAUAUACUGCUCAUAACUAUGACACUUUAUAUGGAUAUGAUGAAGAUUGUGUCUUUAGGACGAUGGCCUCUGCACACCUAUCAUUGUGUAAAAAAACACUCCAGUGGGCUUUUGCUGCUGGACAAUUGUGGGAAAUGUUUUAAUGUACAAUAAACUGCUGUCAAAACUUGA